CUCUCUCUCUCUGUGUGCUAGUUGGAGAGUCAGUAUCGCGGGUGGUUGGAGGUAAAGCUGUAAGGGUCGGAGGUUUGGAGGAGUGUGGGUGAGCGGAUCAGGCUGUACGGCGGGGUUUUAGCGGAAUACUCUGAUAUCAGCACGAGCUCGCGGAGCUUCAGCACCAGCAUGCUGCUCAUCCUGAUACUCAGCGUCCUCGCUCCUGCUCUGGGGGCCGGCAACUAUUACUGUGAAGAUCCGCUGGUGGUGUCCCUCCCCUCGGGCUCCUUUCAGAGCUCAUCAAGAUCCUCCGACAGCCACUCGGCACACUUUGCAAAACUGAACAGAAAGGACGGCGCUGGUGGGUGGUCUCCAGACAGCGAGGAUCAUCGACCGUGGCUUCAGCUGGAUCUAAGGGAUCGCCUGGAGAUAACGGCGGUUGCCACCCAGGGUCGAUGGGGCAGCUCGGACUGGGUGAGCAGCUACCACCUGCAGUACAGCGACUCCGGGAGAACCUGGAGAUCCUACAGACAGGAUGACGUGCCGUGGACAUUUCCAGGUAACACAGAUACAGACUCAGUAGUCCAGCACAAGCUCCAGCACUCCAUCAGGACCAGGUACCUGCGACUGCUGCCCCUGGAGGGAAACCCCAGCGGAGGAACCGGGCUCAGACUGGAGAUCUAUGGCUGCACUUACAAGUCAGACGUGGCAGAUUUUGACGGCCGCAGUGCUCUGCUCUACCGGUUCAACCAGAAGUCCACCAGCACGGUGAAGAACGUGAUCUCGCUGCGGUUCCGCAGCCGGCAGGCAGAGGGCGUAUUGGUUCACGGUGAAGGACAGCGAGGAGACUACAUCACCCUGGAGCUCCAGAGAGGACGACUCGCCCUGCAUCUCAACCUCGAUGACACUAAGCCCCAGUCCAGCAGCAGACCCACCUCGGUGAUGUUGGGCAGUCUGCUGGAUGAUCACCUGUGGCACUCAGUCCUGAUCGAGAGGUUUAAUAAGCAGGUGAACUUCACGGUGGACAGGGACACUCAGCACUUCCGCACUCAGGGGCAGGAGGACUCUCUGGAGGUCGACUAUGAGCUCAGUUUUGGAGGAAUUCCGCUUCCUGGUAAACCUGGGACAUUUCUGCGAGAAAAUUUCCACGGCUGUUUGGAGAACCUGUAUUAUAAUGGAGUUAACAUCAUCGACAUGGCCAAGAGACGCAAACCUCAGAUCUACACUGUGGGUAACGUGACGUUCUCCUGCUCCGAGUCUCAGCCGGCUGCUGUUACGCUCCUGAACUCUACCGGCAGUUACCUGGCGCUGCCCGCUGACCCCGCCUCCGCCGGGGACGGGCUGACCGUACGCUUCCAGUUCCGCACCUGGACCCAAAACGGCCGGCUCUUCUCUGUAGCGCUGACCCGCGGCCCGGACCCCGCCUCCCUCAUCCUGCAGAUCAGCGAGGGGAUCCUACAUCUGUCCCUCCGAGAACCUCCACAGACCUCAGCUCAGAUCUCUGCUGGUCAGAGUGUAUGUGAUGGACAGUGGCACUCGCUGGUGGUGGAGGUGAAAGGUCAGCAGGUGUAUCUGACGGUGGACAGUCAGAAGCCGGUGUUUAUGGAGAUCGCUCGUCUCACUGAAAGCCUGCAGAGAACCACCGUCUUCCUGGGAGGCUGCCCUGUGCUGCAGAACGACCUUGCCCCUGAGGGACAGUGCACGAGGCCGCGGGCCGUAUAUCAGGGAUGCCUCCGUCUGAUCUUCAUCAACAACCAGCCUGUCAACCUCGGCAGGAUUCAGCAAGAAAAGCCGGAGAACUUCAGCCAGAUCAGCUUCGAUAUCUGCAGCAUUCGAGACAGGUGUGUUCCCAAUUUCUGUGAACAUGGUGGAGUGUGCUACCAGUCCUGGGACAAUUUCUACUGUAACUGUUCAGGAACGGGAUACAGAGGAGCGACCUGCCAUAACCCUAUAUAUGAGCGAUCGUGUGAAGCCUACAGGAAGACAGGAAGUCCUGCGGGGGUCUUCACCGUCGACCCUGAUGGCAGUGGUCCCCUGGAGCACACACAGGUCAACUGUACCCUGACAGAGGACAAAAUCUGGACGGUCAUAGGUCACGAUCACCUCCAGCCGGUCAGCGUUAGGGGCUCGACUCCCAGAAGCCCCUUCAUUCUCAUCUUCAACUACUCAAUUUCACCCUACCACCUCCGCUCCUUAGUGGCCUCCUCAGAACAGUGCCAUCAGGAGGUCACUUAUCAAUGCAGGAAGUCCCGCCUCUUCGACACAUGGGAUGGGACGCCUCUGUCGUGGUGGCUGGACCGGGACGGGGUGAAGAGGACGUACUGGGGAGGUGUCCUGCCGGGAGUCCAGCAGUGCUCCUGCAGUCUGGAGGGAAACUGCAGAGACAUGAACUACUUCUGCAACUGCGACGCCGACCAGGACGCAUGGGUGAAUGAUACCGGUCUGUUAUCAUAUAAAGAUCAUUUACCGCUCAGUGAGAUCGCGAUCGGAGACACGAACAGAACCGGUUCUCAGGCUCUGUUCCGGAUCGGGCCGCUGCGCUGCUCUGGAGAUCGAUUUUUCUGGAACUCGGCUUCAUUUUUUGUGGAAUCCUCGUAUCUGCACUUCCCCACGCUGCAGGCCGAGCACAGCAUGGACAUCUCCUUCUUCUUUAAGACCAGCGCUGCCUCUGGGCUGUUCCUGGAGAACGUGGGGGUGCGGGAUUUCGUCAGGCUGGAGCUGAGCUCUCCUUCAGCCGUUACCUUCACCUUUGAUGUGGGGGACGGCCCAGUGGUUCUCACCAUCACGGCCCCCGUGCCGCUGAACGACCGGCAGUGGCAUCACGUGCGAGCCGAGAGGAACGUGAAGGAGGCGUCGCUCCAGGUCGACCUGCUGCCCGUCCAGCUGGUGGAGGCGGGUCCUGAAGGACAGUACCGACUCCAGCUCAGCGGGCAGCUGUUCGUAGGGGGAGCUCCCACCACUCAGAGGGGUUUCCUGGGGUGCCUGCGCGCCCUCAGCAUCAACGGGAUGACCUUUGACCUUAACGAGAGGGCGAAAAUGACCCCCGGUAUGAAUUCGGGCUGCCCGGGUCACUGCAGCAGCGACAGCCUCUGCCAUAACGGAGGGAGGUGUGUGGAGAACCGGAACAGCUAUAUGUGUGACUGCUCUCAGACAGCGUUCGAUGGACCCAACUGUAGAUCCGCUGUCUCGGCGUCCUUUGAGAGAGGAACGUCUGUAACGUACGCCCUUCAGGAGCCGUUCUCCGUCAUGCAGAACCAGGAUGUCAGGAAGCUGCAGACCGAAGCCGUCAAAUCUCGGGAAAACCUGGCGUUCGGCUUCCUGACCAGACAGGCCCCCGCCCUGCUGUUGACCGCCCAAUCACACGACCAGCGAUAUAUGGCCAUCAUACUGACCCAAAACGGUAGUCUGCAGAUCUGGUACCGGCUGAACCGAGAGAGCGGUCCGGAUAUCUUCAGCCCGAAGUCGGCCGGUCUAGCGGACGGUCGGUUCCACUGGGUCCGAAUGAACCGGGAGGGGAAGGAGCUUUAUGUGCAGAUCGACAGCACGGUGAUGCAGCGGUACAGCCUGUCUCCCGGCUCGGUUCUGACUCUGAUGAGGACGGUAACUCUGGGGAGGAUCCGGGGAAAUGACAUCACUGAUGAGGAAGUGGUUCGUGCCGGAUCGAGAGGGCUCAUUGGCUGUUUGUCCUCUGUCCAGUUUAAUGAAGUUACCCCUCUGAAGGCGGCCCUACAGAACCGAGCCAGCUCAUUGGUCAGCAUACACGGCAAACUGGAGGAGUCCAGCUGUGGGAUCCCGCCCAGCACACACACCCAGACAACCACACACACACUCUCAGCAGAUGAUUCAUCUAAAUCAGACCGAGGGAAAGCGCCGCUGAAGAAAGCCGAGCAGAAUGACUCAGCACUGAUAGGAGGAGUGGUGGCUGCCGUGGUGUUCAUAACUCUGUGUGCGCUGGUGGUGAUAAUCCGGUUCCUCUACCGGCACCGGCAGACUCCAGAACCGCCGGUGAUCAGCAGCAAGAGCCAGCAGCCCAGCAUAGAGCCCCCAACCUACCGGCUGGACCUGGACCCUCACAAAGCGAACCGGGUCAGUAAGGAGUACUUUAUCUGAGGGCUGACCGGACUGUACCGCUGCUUGUGCGCCGGGAUCACGGACAGCCUCUUCGCACGAGGGAGUGUGAUACCGACGCCGACUCGUGCCCUCUGACCCCCUGCCACCAUCUUUAUCAAUACAGGCGUCCAAUCACAGGCGGCCCCUGAGUCUCUGUCCGGGUUAGACAGGACUGCGGGUUUUACAGCUGGGAUCCAAAUCUGGCUAACGGAAAAAAUGCUGAUGGGAGGAACUUUAACUUUAACUUUAACUUUACGGACUUCAGAGAACAAAGUGGCUUUAUUUACGGAUUUAUGGAUUUUUUACGCGCUGUAUGAUACUUUACUGAAAUACGUUAGGAUGCUGCACUCGAUUCCCGACCCACGAACAUCUCAAGCAAAGCCCAAAACUGGACUUUACCUUCAAUACUGAGCCAAAGCGAACUGUGGCUUCUAGCUUCCAGACAGAACAUGGGUUCUCCAUCGCUAACGGACUUGAACCAGAACUAAUGAUGGAGCGCAGAGAGGUGGGGACUGUGGUUUAGUGGCUAAAUUGAGGUUCAGGCUCAAGGUUUAGACCCAUUUCACACUGAUUUGAUGAGAUGACUAAUAAGUUUCACUGGUUUGAAACCCAGGUCAUGCUCCUUCAGCAUCAGCAGCCGGAGUCUGAGAGAGCAUGGUUGGUCACACUAUUCCUGAGUGAGUGGAUGAUGCUCUCUUUCCUCCCAGGCGUCUGCUGAUUGGUGUAUCAGAUCCUCAUGGGGCAUUUGCCGCCUAGUGAUGCUGAAUUGGUGGCAGAGAGCACCCCUAUAUACCCAGAGAGAGUACGUAGGUUUUGACUGCUGAUGGCUGAAUAUUUAUGUUUUUCUGACUUUUAUAUAUAUAAUUUCACAAACUGUACUACAGAACCCACCAAUCAGGACUAAUUAUUCGUUCUUUGAAUAGUCUAAGAAAAGCAUGUCAUUGCUGGGGACUCUAAACUGUCCAGCAGACUAAAGUGCUGCCACUAAUUGUCUCAGUAUCACCGGUUUGAAUCCUGGGUAAUGCUUCUUGCCAUCAGCAGCCGGAGUCCGAGAGAGCACAGGCAUCUGUUAGCUGAUGUAUUCAACCUGCGGAUCCUCCAGGUAUGCUGGUUACCUAGUGAUGCUACAUCAGUGGCAGUUGGAAAAGAAGCAGAAUUUUACAUUAUAUGCAUCGGAGGAGGCAUGCGCUAGCCUUCACCCUAAAAAAUGGCAACUUUACUAAAGUCAAUUUCAAGAUUUCAAUUGGAGGAUUUCUAAUGAUCAAUUCUUCACGAAAUUAUGUUACUACUCCCCGAUUUGUAUCAAAAAGUAAAAACAAAGAUAUAUUGUUUAUGUAUGACAGUGGUAAAAUGUUUUGAUAUAAAAUUAUAGAGUACCAGUCAAAAGUCUGAACACACCGAAUCACAGCAAUUCAAAUUUACACCUCUAGCUGAGGGGUCUGAAGCUCUGGGUCUGAAGCUCUGGGUCUGAAGCUCUGGGUCUGAAGCUCUGGGUUUGAAGCUUUGGGUCUGAAGCUCUGGGUCUGAAGCUCUGGGUCUGAAGCUCUGGGUCUGAAGCUCUGGGUUUGAAGCUUUGGGUCUGAAGCUUUGGGUCUGAAGCUCUGGGUUUGAAGCUCUGGGUCUAAAGCUCUGGCUCUGAAGCUCUGGGUCUUUUUCCAGCACAUCAGAGCAGCGUUAGCUUCAUCCACCCCCUGCCUUAACUCAGCCCGACCUGCGAGCCCACAGCCCGAAUCUGCCUGAGGCAAAACCCUGCUACCAUAUUCCUUACUGAAGUGCAUUAAAUCCCCCGACGGUAAGAGCAGCCCUGUCAUGCCCUCUACGAAAAUAACCCGCCUUUCUUAUUGAGAACGAUUUCUUUCAGUCGGGGUUUGGCUUUUUCUAUAUGGCUAUUGUUGUAAAUGACUGUUGUAUAUCGAUUUCAUAAAUAUAUUUAAUAAAAAGAGCUUUUUUAUA